AUGUGGAAGAAAAAGUCAAUAUUUUGGAGACUACCAUACUGGAAGGAUCUUGAGGUUCGUCACUGCAUAGAUCUAAUGCAUGUUGAGAAGAAUGUAUAUGAGAGUUUGAUGGGGCUACUGCUUAACCCAGGUAUUACAAAGGAUGGUCUAAACGCCCGACGAGAUCUGCAAGACAUGGGUGUUCGUCCGGAGCUACAUCCCGUUACCACAGAGUCCGGCAGGGUGUACCUUCCUUCAGCCUGCUACACUCUAUCGAAAGAUGAGAAGAUGAAUUUGUUGACAUGUCUUAGUGGUAUAAAGAUUCCAUCUAGUUACUCGUCAAGAAUUAGUAGGUUCGUUUCACUGCAAGACCUUAAGCUGGUAGGAAUGAAAUCGCAUGAUUGUCACGUUCUUAUAACACAAUUGUUGCCCGUUGCAAUAAGGAAUAUUUUGCUUUCUAAGGUGCGACACACGAUAAUGCGGUUGUGCUCCUUCUUCCAUGCUAUCAGCCAGAAGAUCAUUGAUCCUGAGGGACUAGAUGAACUACAGGCAGAAAUUGUGAGAACACUAUGUCAUUUGGAGAUGUACUUUCCUCCAACUUUCUUUGAUAUAAUGGUACAUCUUCCAAUGCAUCUUGUUAGACAAACAAAGUGUUGUGGACCUGCUUUCAUGACACAAAUGUAUCCUUGCGAAAGGUAUAUGGGGAUCUUAAAGGGUUUUGUAUGGAACCGAUCUCACCCCGAGGGAAGCAUCAUUGAGAGUUACACUAGCGAAGAGGUCAUCGAUUUUUGUGUGGACUACAUGUCAGAAACCUCUUCAAUUGGAUUACCACGAUCUCAUCACGAGGGGAGGCUUGAUGGUGUGGGUACUGUUGGACGGAAAAUAGUAAGGAUGGAUCGAAAGGUGUAUGAUAAGGCUCAUUUCACGGUACUCACACAUAUGACCGAGGUAGUGCCGUAUGUUGAUGAACACUUGGGAUUUCUCCGACAUGAAAACCCAGGUCGAUCAGAUAGUUGGAUUAGAAAAAAACACAUGUCUUCCUUCAACGAGUGGUUCAAGAAUAGAAUUGCGAACGAGCAGAACUUGUCCAGUGAAACAUUAAAUUGGUUGUCACAGGGUCCUGAAUGGAGUGCCAUAACUUGGCGAGGAUAUGACAUAAACGGAUACACCUUUCACAUGAUCAAGCAAGACAGUAAAUGCACAGUGCAGAACAGUGGGUUGCGCAUUGAGGCUAGUACCGACGACGGUGGUCACCAUGAUCAGUACUACGGCAGAGUAGAGCAAAUAUUGGAGCUAGACUACUUGAAGUUCAAAGUCCCGUUGUUUCGCUGUCGAUGGGUCGAUCUUCGCAAUGUAAAAGUUAAUACAAAAGGUUUCACCAUUGUUAAUUUGGCUAACAACGCUUACAAGGAUGAACCUUUCGUUCUUGCCAAACAAGUUGUUCAAAUCUUCUACAUACUUGAUCCGUGUAAUAAGAAGCUACAUGUUGUUCGUGAAGGCAAAAGAAGAAUAGUUGGAUUGAACAAUAUCAUAGAUCAAGAUGACUAUAACCAGCACGUGCAUGGCAUAGCUCAGGAAAUACCUCUAGAAGAGGAGGAAGCGGAAGAUGAUGUUUAA